CUCCCUUUCUUUUUCAUUCACUUUCGGCAACUAACAUUUUCACUUCUGCACUUCCUCAACUACUGUACAAUUUCCCCUGCCUUCCUUUUCUCAUUUAUUUUCCCAAACAUAUUUGAUCUUUCAUUGGACAACAGAAAUGGGUAUAUCCCAGUUUUGAUCAUUCUCUCUCUAUAGGACCAACCAAUACAAUUUGGACUGUAACCUUGAUCAUUACAGAGGAUAUAGAUCUGAAUUGCAAGUUUCCACUUUCUGUGGUUGUGUGUGGAGUGCUAAGGCCAUGAGAGACAAUGUCUCUCCACAGGAAAGAUACAGAUUCAGCAUUUGAGGGAGCAGGAUCAAAGGCUGGUUUAGAAAUCUGGUGCAUUGAGAACCUUCGAUUGGUUCCUGUCCCAAAAUCUUCGCAUGGAAAAUUCUAUACUGGAAAUGCAUAUAUAGUUUUGAAAACAGUUCUCCCCAAAACUGGCCCUGCGCAGCAUGACAUCCAUUACUGGCUGGGAAAUGAUACAAACAAGGUGGACUCGGCCUUCGCAUCAGACAAGGCACUUGAACUAGAUGCUGCUCUAGGGUCCUGCACUGUCCAAUAUAGGGAGCUUCAAGGCCUAGAAACUGGAAAGUUUUUGUCAUACUUCAAACCUUGUAUUAUACCUGUUGAAGGAUUAUAUUCUUCACAUCAAGGGCACUUAAAUGGUGAAACAUACAAAUUUAGCUUGUUAACAUGCAAGGGAGACCAUGUUGUUCAUAUUAAAGAAGUACCAUUCUCUCGGUCAUCAUUGAACCACAAUGAUGUAUUCAUACUUGACACUGCAUCAAAAAUUUUCCUCUUCAGUGGGUGCAACUCUAGCAUACAAGAAAGAGCCAAAGCUUUGGAGGUUGUCCAGUAUAUUAAAGAGAAUAAUCAUGGUGGAAAGUGUGAGGUGGCAACUAUAGAGGAUGGAAAGUUUGUUGGUGAUUCUGAUGUGGGUGAAUUCUGGAGUUUAUUUGGUGGUUUUGCUCCCAUUCCUCGGGACUCACCUUCUUCUGUUCAGAAACAAUCUGACACUCCAUCUGUGAAACUAUUCUGGUGUGUUUGCCUUAACCAUCCAGGAUUCAAUAAUGCUAUUUCAAUCUCUUUUGGUCUGCAUUUGAAAACCCAGAUAACUACACAGGGCAAGCUAUGUCAAACUGGAACUGAUUCAUUGAAUAAGAAAAUCCUUGAGACAGACAAGUGCUAUAUGUUGGAUUGUGGUACUGAGAUUUUUGUUUGGAUGGGAAGACAAACAUUGAUUUCAGAGCGGAAGACAUCAAUCUCAGCAACAGAAGAUUUCCUCAGAACUCAGGGCAGGUCAACUGGGACCCAUUUAACCUUUUUAACUGAAGGAUUAGAAAGUAACAUAUUUAGGUCAUACUUUGAUAAUUGGCCUCAAAAGGUGGAGCCCAAGCUAUAUGAAGAAGGUCGAGAGAAAGUAGCAGCAAUAUUCAAGCAACAGGGUUAUGAAGUGAAAGAACUUCCUGAAGAGGACUGCGAGCCUUUUAUUAAUUGCAGAGGCACAUUAAAAGUUUGGCGGGUGAAUGCUGAUGAGCUAUCCCUUCUUCCAGUUCCAGAGCAGACAAAAUUUUACAGUGGGGAUUGCUAUGUAGUGCAGUUUACAUAUCCUGGAAAUGAAAGAGAUGAGAAUCUAUUUUAUGCCUGGAUUGGUCGCAGGAGUGUAAUGGAAGAUAGAAGGGAUGCCAUAUCCCAUAUGACUGCAAUUGUUGAUUCAACCAAAGGGGAUCCAGUUUUGGCUCAAGCUGUGGAGGACAAGGAGCCAAUCCAAUUUUUCUUGAUUUUCCAGACAUUGAUCAUUUUCAAGGGGGGUAUGAGUAAAAGAUACAAGAAAUUUAUAGCAGAAAAAGGUAUCACUGAUGAAACUUAUGAUGGAAUCAAGACAGCUCUUUUUCGAGUUCAAGGAACAAGUCCACAGAACAUGCAAGCUAUCGAAGUUGAUCUAGUUUCAAGCUCUCUGAACUCAUCCUAUUGUUACAUUCUGCAAACUGAAACAUUUAUCUUCACUUGGAUUGGGAGUCUCUCUUCGACCAGAGACCAUGAUCUUCUUGACGGAAUGCUGGAACUGAUAAAUCCAACAUUGCAACCCAUAUCAGUGAGGGAAGGAAGCGAACCUGAUAUUUUCUGGAAUGCACUUGGUGGGAAAGCAGAGUAUCCAAAGGCAAAAGAGAUGAAGCAAUGCGUAGAAGAUCCACAUUUGUUUACAUUGAACACCACUGAAGGUGAUUUCAAGGUGAAAGAGAUAUACAAUUUUUCACAGGAUGAUUUAACUACUGAAGACGUGCUUGUACUGGACUGCCAUAGAGAGAUAUAUGUUUGGAUUGGAUGCCACUCAAAUGUUGGAUCAAAGCAACAAGCUCUUACUCUAGGCCUGAAAUUUCUUGAGAUGGAUGUUCUCGUUGAAGGCCUAUCUUUGGAGACUCCUAUCUACAUUGUUACAGAAGGGCAUGAGCCACCAUUUUUCACUCGUUUCUUUGAAUGGGACCCCUCAAAGGCAAAUAUGCAUGGAAACUCAUUUGAGCGAAAGCUUGCUAUUCUGAAGGGAAAACCACAUAAUUUAGAAGUACCUACUAGAAACUCAUGGAAGGCAUACUCCAGGGAGACUACACCAAAUGGUUUGAGGAGCAAGUCUGUCAUUUCCAAUGGUCUGGGAAGAAGUGGAUCUCCUGCAUCAAGUGUUUCAGGCUCAAAUUCGAAGUCCUCUACCAAUCAGCUGUUUUCUAGCCCAACUCCAAUUGUCAGAAAGCUCUUUUCAGGAUCUCCUCAUGGUAGUGCAGAUGAAUCGUCGGUAUCUGCAGGUUCUCCAGCAGCAGAACCAAGGUCAUUUUCUCAGAGUGCAGGUUUUAUUCAGGCUGAUGGAAGCGGGGAUUGUGUAAACUUGUUAAUAUACCCUUAUGAACAAUUGAGUGUGAUUUCUAGUGACCCUGUAGCAGGCAUAGAUGUAACCAAAAGAGAGGCAUAUUUAUCUGAUGAAGAUUUUCAAGACAAAUUUGGAAUGACAAAAAGAGCUUUCUACGAGCUUCCUAAAUGGAGACAAAACAAGCUUAAGACGUCUCUUCAUCUAUUUUGAGGCAUACUUGCUGGAGAUUAGAUCUAGAUGCUGAUCUUGGCUAAUGAUACUUAUUUGUUGUCAAAUAUUGACAGAUAUUUCUUCUUAGAUAUGCCCAUGGGGCAUUUUACUACUCAAAUGUGGUCUACUGAAUGUCUUAGUCUACGACUAAGUUCAUGUUGUAAUCUUGAGUUGCGGUUCUGUAAAGAAAUCCUUGAUUAAAGUCUUUAAAGCCAAGAUCCUUGACCUGGCUUUUAAUCAUAUUUGAAUCAGAUCAGAUGCUUGCUAAUAGUCAUUUUCGGUUAUCUUA